GGGAGUGACAUUGUCAGCUGUUAGUAUAGGUUAUGUCGCCGCUGUUUACAAAAAACGGAAUUUGUAGAAAAUUACGACAAUGUCUUUUUGUAGUUAUACGAACAGAUGUGUCCCCAAUAGCUUGCUACUUGACGCAGUAAUUUGCUGAAACUCUCACUUGAAAACAUGGAAAGAGAUCCUCACCAACCCCUCUAUGGGGCGGCAGCUCCCUCCGAAACCGAGCACGCUGAACCCAAGGAUCCUGCCGAAGCCCAACAACUGAGCCCCAAUACCCUAAAAGUGGCAGCUGCGGAGUGCCUGAAUAGCUGGAGGUUGUAUUUGCAGAUGCUCAACACAAUGUGUGCGGCUGGAAUGCGAUUGGCACAGUCUUUAUACAACUUGUCUCAAUUGCAAAACGUUCCUAUAGCCAGUCAAUGCAUCACUUGUUGGGAGGACCUCACUAGAGCCACAGCGAUUGCAAGUAGUUCGGUUAAAAAUCACAUUUCGGCUGCCAUGCAGGAUAUGAGCAUUGGGGAUACUUUUGCAGAGUCGGAUGCUCAAAGGCAACUAGAACACAACCAGCACAUAAUCACCGAAAACCUGUUAACAUUCAUCAAUCUUCAAUAUCAAUUCUCCAUCGCGAGUUGUGAAAAUUUCGGGGCAAUGGCAAUGUGUCCCUCUUGCCAAACCACUCCAGGCGGGGUGCACAACUCAGACUGCAGUAUGGCCACGGUGCAGCAGUGCUUUAGCAAGCAUGAAACAAGGUCGCAAAUGUCCAGUCCCAGAAUGGAGGACUUUCCAAGGCAGCACAGCCCUAUGGCAGAUACCAGAGGAUCCUCCCCUUACCCGGAGCCCAUUCGAGGGCCGAGUCCGAUUCAUUCGGAGUUUAGUCGAGGCCCUGGUCCUUUGGAGACCUUAAGAGGACCGUUCCCCACACCUGGACCACUGCACACAAUGAAGCUUCCGUUCCCUGGCAGGGGAGGUCAAAGAUCUCCUCUACAUUUCCCACUCUUUCCUCUAGGUGGUCAGCGUAGAUGGUCCGAAGCUGCAGCUACUGAUGUUAGCAGCUCUGAAGGGAGUAAAGCCGAAGGUACGGCCCGCCGCUGGUCAAUGCCUUGGGACACUGCUUGGGGCAGCGAAGGCUCAAGUGGCCCGCCCCGCCCAGGAAGCCAAGGAAAAUUGUCGGUUCCUGCUGGGGGACCCGGCACAUCUCAAGAACGGAGUAGAAGCACUACUCCAGAAUCAGUCGCCUCUCAGCCCUCCACAUCUCAUAUCCAGCCGCAUCCAGUCGGUGGAGUUCUUCCAAGCAUUGAGGGCCUGUCCGAAGCCAUUCAGCUGCUGUCCUGCCGCCCCAGUCGCUCCUCCAUACCGACUGCCUCCAUUCCAGGACACUCCUAUGUACCGAUUUGGGGUGAAACGCAUGAGGAUCGGAUGCAUAGGCGGAUGUUUCCGUCCCAAAGAGGCAACUGGCAAUCAGUGGACGUGCCACAUGCAAGCGGUAUGUCCGUAACCGAACACUUUGAUAUUUUCCCUACCGGAUUGCCACUGACUUCCCGCAAAAGCAGCUCUUCCACCGAUUCCUCGUCUUGUCUUUCCAUUCAUAGCAGAUCAACGGCCAGCGGCUCUGAAAGAGGCUCCACCAGUGAAGGAAGUGGGCCUGAUGCGAUUCGCCUUCAUACCAACUUCUAUUCAAUGUGGAGUGGAAGUGAACACCUGCCUUUUAUCAGACUGCCUGAAAGCCAGGAACCACAAGACGAUAGCGAUACGGACGAUCCGCCAACGGAACGAAGCGGCACAGCUGCCUUUCCCAAACCUUCAUAGACUGCGGUAAGACUGAUUAAGCAUUUAUCAUCCAUUCAAUAGCUAUUUACUCCAUAUUACUACCCAGUUUAAUGUUAUACGUCUACUCAAACCUGAUUGCGAUGGUUUUAUGAGGACCUGACUAAGUGUGUAAUUGUAUGCUUGAGCGAAAGUAAUAACGCUUCAUAAAGCACAUUCUAAUAAUGUCUUUAAGUAGGUUUCAAGGGGAAAUUCGAGCUUUUCAUGAACAUAUUCUGCAUCGUAGGAGCUUCAUCUCGUACAUAUCUGUGCAGAGUUGUAUGUUGUGUGUGUACUUUAUAGAUCUGGUGUGCCCAAUAUCAUCGCCACCAGUACGUUUCCAAGAGAAGUCGAUGCUUUUUCAUUUUCCUUGAGUUUCCGUCAGAUAUUGGUGUGUGUGAUAUUAUUGCCAUUGGUUCUUAUGUGAAGUUCUAAUAAGUUGAUGGUGAGCUUGAUGAAAAUGAUGGUAAUGCGCAAAAAUUACCAAUGCGACUAAUGUAAUCACGUUUAUGUGUUAGAGUAAGUUUGAAUGUGAAUAUUGAAAUCCAGAUUGCUAAGAAAAGAAGGUUCAGAAAUUCUAAGCGUAAACAUGCUUUCUGGCCACAAACUUCAGCCAAAAACAAGCAAUUUUCUUGAGUAAUCAAUUCAAAUAGUCUUCAACAAACAGUCUCCCCGUUUAAGUUUCUGUAACAACUAGAUAAGUCUUAGAUUAGAUUCAACUAAACUGCUCAACAACAUAGACGUUGCAAGGAAAACUUUCAACUAAUUUUGAAACUGGAGAAAUUCUGUUUGAUGCGAGCGAUUUGAUUUCUGUUUGACUCGUUAUUUAGUACAAUUCCUUUUUCUCGGUGGUCUCAGAAAACUGGACUUUUUGGUCUUGAAGUGAAACAUUUUUUUUUGAACCGAUUUUCAAAACCUAGGGCCUAUCAGUCGAGUUGCGAAAAAAAUACCUACAAGACCAAAAAGUUGAUGUUUUUGACUCACAAACCGUUUCGGGCUAUUUGGUUUAUCUCUAAACUUUUGGUGUUGGGACCGAAAAAACUUUUUUGGUCAACUAGAAGCUUGCCGAACUUUGAGAAAUUUUGCAUUUUUCAUGUGCUUCCCUGCACAAAAUUUAUUUUUGUAUAACAAAAUAAAUUUUCUGAAAUGCUUAAAUUUUUUAAAACUCUGACUAACAAAAAACAAACGAGCUACAUAACGCUGAAUCCAAAUUGCUCUAAACAGUCGGAAUUUAUCCACUUCCAGUCACUGCAAAUUUGGCUGUGUAUUUGUUUGUUCAGUUUUUUGUUUUGUUUGUGGUGUUUUCUCGAAUGAAUUAUCGUGUGAAUCUCUUUUUAUUUGAUUGUGUCCCAAAGGUUUUGGGAAUUUUAGUCAGCUGACUAUUGAAAAGUGAUUCUUCCAUUAGUAAUUUGGGUGUGAAAUCGCUCAGGUUCAGGGUUUGCUCAUUUUCAGGCAACACCAAAUGAAUUUAAUGUGUUUUUGACGUUUUAUUUGUGUCCCAGAAUGCUAUACGAACUAAAGUAGGAUAAAAAAUAAGUAUGUAUUCGUUACUUGAAACUCUCGACUACUCACAUAACAUUCGUUUAUAGUUAAAAUUCGUUAAAAAUUUGUUUUUUUUUCAAUGCAAAAUAUCUUGCAUUGUAUGUUCUUGCAAUGACUAUCCAUGACUUGGUAAAUUUAGAAAAAACCCUCAAACACCUCUAUUUUCAUUUCUUAAUGGAAAUGUACACUUUAGUUCAUUGUUCAUUUUAGCAGCGGUUUGAUGCGUUAAAUGAUAAAUGUUUCAUGAAUAUGCUGAGAUGUUAGAAACUUAUUGUGUAUGUUCAAGCUAAGUUUGAAACUAGUAACUGUUUGAGAAAAGGAACAGGUUUUUAGCAGUGUCAAAAGCACUCAAUUGCAGGACCGGUCAUCAGACCUAUUAACCCCCUAACUGAUGAGGGCUAAUCGGCCCGAAGCCUGUCCUAGACCUGCUUGCUUCUAAAGCAACCAAAUAUAAUUCCCAAUAAAAUUUUUCAGUAUCUGUAGCAAUACCUACCAUCUGCUGUUUUUCGCUAAAUUCCGAUAAAUAGCUCAAGAAUUAAGCAGAAAACCUACAUGGAACAGGUUUGAAUGUCGUAAUAUGUCUUGAAUAUUUUUCACUCGUCCUUCCAACGCACGAAAAAUUACGUAAAACUUCCACAUUUUCAUUUAAAAACAACGGUGUUCGGCAGUAUCAUUUCAGCACUCAAAAUCUAGUCUUAGUUGUGGUGUUUGAGCGUUUAUUUCUAGAGCUACCAUAGAGCGGGAGCUUUUGUGCGCCAUUCUGUACAUAUUUUAUAAUUGAUACUGGGGUGCGUUCAAUAUAAUAAUGUAAAGUUUAGUCAAACAUAAAUAAAUGUUUAGUAGAUCUUUGGCACUUUUACGAUAUUUGGUUUGUCACUGGAAAAGUUUUCUGUUUUCUUUUGGAGCUUUUUGACUGAUUUGAUUUUUUUCGUAUCUUAAACCGAUAUCGAUUAAAAAAGUCUUGAGCACAUUUUGCUAAGGGAAAGGGUUGAAAAUGGACUAAAAAAGUUAUACAAGUCCGUUAUCUAUUAUAUACAAAUACACCUUUUGAUGUUUCGUAAUGGUUGUUUGGCUUUUAGCUACAGAAACUCUGGAAUUGCCCCUUUAAAACGGCCACCUUGUUUGUUCCAAAAUUGAUCCAAAUGUAUAAGUAACGAAUACAAACUAAUUUGGAAGCAAUUCCAGUUUCUUUUACCGAUUUUGCCAGUUUAUUUGGCGAAUGCGCCCAUUAACCAGUCAAUUAAUGCGACAGCACUGCCCAAUUUAAGACUUAAGAGUAACAUAAAACUGCCAUUGUUAAAUUAUCUGAUACUAUUAAUUGGGAACCGUCUACUACUCAUAUUAGUCGCCUGGAUUUGGCUUCGUCACUAGUCUAGUCAUCGCAAAAUAUUAUUAAUAUUUAUAAGACUUUUUAACGCUUUAACCACUCUUCGCUGGCCGAAGGGUCUUUUUAACUUUAAACGAUUUGUACUCGUAGAUGGUCUAUGUUUAGCCAACGAUGUAAAGGGAAUAAAAUUGUAGCAACA